GGCCAAUCGUGCCGCUCCAGGGCGGUGUCGUAAAUCGCGUUUGCGCAUGCGCAGGGCGGGGAGACCUUGGAAAAGUGCUGGUGGCGCUCGGCGGAGGUGAAAGCGUUGGCGGAAGGACCGGUACUGAGGGAAAAUGCAGAGCUGGAGUCGCGUGUACUGUUCCUUGGCCAAGAGAGGGCAUUUCAAUCAAAUAUCUCACGGCCUGCAGGGACUUUCUGCAGUACCUCUGAGAACUUAUGCUGAUCAGUCAGUUGACGCUGAUGUAACAGUGAUAGGUUCUGGUCCUGGAGGAUAUGUUGCUGCCAUUAAAGCUGCCCAGUUAGGCUUUAAGACAGUCUGCAUUGAGAAAAACGAAACACUUGGUGGAACAUGCUUGAAUGUUGGUUGUAUUCCUUCUAAGGCUUUAUUGAACAACUCUCAUUAUUAUCAUAUGGCCCAUGGAAAAGACUUUGCAUCUAGGGGAAUUGAAAUGUCUGAAGUUCGCUUGAAUUUAGAGAAGAUGAUGGAGCAGAAGACUACUGCAGUAAAAGCUUUGACAGGUGGAAUUGCCCAUUUAUUCAAACAAAAUAAGGUGGUUCAUGUCAAUGGAUACGGAAAGAUAACUGGCAAGAACCAGGUCACAGCUACAAAAGCAGAUGGCAGCACGCAGGUUAUUGAUACAAAGAACAUUUUGAUAGCUACGGGUUCAGAAGUCACUCCUUUUCCUGGAAUCACGAUUGAUGAAGAUACAAUAGUGUCAUCUACAGGGGCUUUAUCUUUAAAAAAAGUUCCAGAAAAGAUGGUUGUUAUCGGUGCAGGUGUAAUUGGUGUAGAAUUGGGUUCUGUCUGGCAAAGACUUGGUGCAGAUGUGACAGCAGUUGAAUUUUUGGGUCACGUAGGUGGAGUUGGAAUUGACAUGGAGAUAUCGAAGAACUUUCAGCGGAUCCUUCAAAAACAAGGGUUUAAGUUUAAAUUGAACACAAAGGUUACUGGAGCCACCAAGAAGUCAGAUGGAAAAAUUGAUGUUUCUGUUGAAGCUGCUUCUGGUGGGAAAGCUGAAGUUAUCACUUGUGAUGUACUCUUGGUUUGUAUUGGUCGACGACCUUUUACUAAGAAUUUGGGACUAGAAGAACUUGGAAUCGAACUGGAUCCCAGAGGUAGAAUUCCAGUCAAUAGCAGAUUCCAAACUAAAGUUCCGAACAUCUAUGCUAUUGGUGACGUGGUAGCUGGCCCGAUGCUGGCUCACAAAGCAGAGGACGAAGGCAUUAUCUGUGUGGAAGGCAUGGCUGGCGGUGCGGUGCACAUUGACUACAACUGUGUGCCAUCGGUGAUUUACACACACCCUGAGGUUGCUUGGGUUGGCAAGUCAGAAGAGCAACUGAAGGAAGAGGGUAUUGAGUACAAAGUUGGGAAGUUCCCAUUUGCUGCCAACAGCAGAGCUAAGACAAAUGCUGACACGGAUGGCAUGGUGAAAAUUAUUGGGCAGAAGGCAACAGACAGAGUGCUGGGAGCACAUAUUCUGGGACCAGGUGCUGGAGAAAUGGUCAAUGAAGCGGCUCUGGCUUUGGAGUACGGAGCAUCCUGUGAAGAUAUAGCUAGAGUCUGCCAUGCACAUCCGACCUUAUCUGAAGCUUUUAGAGAAGCAAACCUGGCUGCAUCAUUUGGCAAAGCAAUCAACUUUUAAAUUAGAUCUAUUUUUUUCUGAAAUCUCUAGGACUGAAUUAUGAAACUUUUGGAAGGAUUUAAUAGGUUUGGACAGAAUGCAAUAAUCUUGUAUCUAUAUUUUAAAUAUUUUGUUUCAGUACAUUAACAUGCAGGAUGAAAGUUACUUAUAGUAGCAUCCUGAUUCGUUUUCGUCAGUUCAUAUUUUUAUGCUAUUUAUGAAAGGUUCAACUUCACUGAAUUCAAGUUAAGUGGCCUCUGAUUCUGUGAAGUUGGUGGAGUUGGAGUAUGGUAUGUGAAGAAAGUGAUCAAGUCAUUUUAAAUUUGGUUUUCAUAUUGGAAACAAGUCUGUUACUAGAACAAGAUUUGAAUACGUAUGUAUAAAUUGAACUUGUGUAAAUAAAAACUGACCAUUUCUCCCUUGUUUUAUUUAGCUCCUAAGUUCUUGCAGUUUAGAGGUAACAUUUAUAGGCUUAAGGAGUUUUUAAGGCUUCAUAGAGGUCUACAAGUUGAAGGAGAAUUAUAUAGCAAUGGAAAUUAAACCUAUCUACAAAACUCAGAUAUUAAAUACUCUAAUGUGUAAUAGUGAGAAAUGCAAAUAUUAAAAUAAAUGUUUUAUUUACUGGUUA